GCUACCAUUUAACAUGGUAGUGUUAUCACCACAAGCAUACCUACCACGUUGUGCCAAAUUUUUAACAGAAAAGGAUGAGGUUUCUCUUUCUCUGCUCGUUGUCUACACGGUGAGCAUUCAAGAUUUGAUAUGCUCAAUACUUCUCUUAUAUGGCAAAUCUUGAGAAUUAUUCAAGACCCUAUCAUGUUCUGAUAGGAACAUGUCACAGUUAGUACCUCCAAGCUUGUAAGUACCUGCUUUUAUUUGCCCUAUUUCAGUAUUAAGAAUUGAAAGUUAGGGAACUUUCUUGAAAUCCUGUUUGUAGUUUUCAAGAAUUUUUGAACCCUCUGUUGGAAGAUAUGGAUACAUUGUUGAAAACCCCAAAUAAGCUUGAGUUUUUGUACCCACUUGAUGGAUUUUCUGUUAAAGCUAGCUCCUUUAACUCUGUAAAGCCCCAUAAGUUUGGUUCUAGGAAAUUUUGUGAAAAUUGGGGUAAAGGGGUUUGUGUUAAGGCUAGUAGUAGUGCCCUUUUGGAGCUUGUACCUGAGACCAAAAAGGAAAAUCUUGAUUUUGAGCUUCCCAUGUAUGACCCUUCAAAAGGUCUUGUUGUAGAUCUAGCUGUGGUUGGUGGUGGACCCGCUGGACUUGCAGUUGCACAGCAGGUUUCAGAGGCUGGACUAUCGGUUGUUUCAAUCGAUCCAUCGCCGAAGUUGAUAUGGCCCAAUAACUAUGGUGUUUGGGUGGAUGAAUUUGAGGCCAUGGAUUUGUUGGAUUGCCUCGACGCCACAUGGUCAGGUACUGUUGUUUAUAUCGAUGACAACACAACUAAAGAUCUUGAUAGACCUUAUGGAAGGGUUAAUAGGAAACAGCUUAAGUCCAAAAUGAUGCAGAAAUGCAUACUAAACGGUGUUAAAUUCCACCACGCCAAAGUUAUAAAGGUAAUUCACGAGGAAGCUAAAUCUAUGCUGAUUUGCAAUGAUGGUGUAACUAUUCAGGCAACGGUGGUUCUUGAUGCAACUGGCUUCUCAAGAUGUCUUGUUCAGUAUGAUAAGCCAUAUAAUCCUGGAUAUCAAGUAGCUUAUGGCAUAUUGGCGGAAGUGGAGGAACAUCCCUUUGAUACAAGUAAGAUGGUUCUCAUGGAUUGGCGAGAUUCACAUCUUGGUAAUAAUAUGGAGCUGAGGGAGAAAAAUAGAAAAGUUCCAACUUUUUUAUAUGCCAUGCCAUUUUCAUCGAAUAGAAUAUUUCUUGAAGAAACCUCACUUGUUGCUCGUCCUGGAUUACGUAUGGACGAUAUUCAAGAAAGAAUGGUGGCUCGUUUAAAUCACUUGGGUAUAAAAGUUAAGAGCAUUGAAGAGGACGAGUAUUGUGUAAUUCCGAUGGGAGGCCCUCUUCCUGUAUUACCUCAGAGAGUUGUUGGAGUUGGUGGUACAGCUGGUAUGGUUCAUCCCUCAACAGGUUAUAUGGUAGCAAGGACCCUAGCUGCAGCUCCAGUCGUCGCUAAUGCAAUAAUUCAGUACCUUGGUUCUGAGAAAGACCUUUUUGGUAAUGAGUUAUCUGCAGCUGUUUGGAAAGAUUUGUGGCCCAUAGAAAGGAGACGUCAAAGAGAAUUCUUUUGCUUCGGUAUGGAUAUUCUUCUGAAACUUGAUUUACCCGCUACGAGAAGGUUUUUCGAUGCCUUUUUUGAUCUAGAACCUCGUUAUUGGCAUGGCUUCUUGUCAUCUCGGCUGUAUCUUCCUGAGCUUAUAUUUUUCGGGCUGUCCCUUUUCGCUCGCGCUUCAAAUACUUCUAGAAUAGAGAUUAUGACAAAGGGAACUCUUCCUUUGGUAAAUAUGAUCAACAAUUUGAUACAGGAUACUGAAUGACUUACCAGGAAUCUUGUUGAAUAUUACAUAGCGUGUGUUAAUACACUGCUCUUUUUUUUUCCUUUUUCUUUUUCAAAUAAUUGCAAUAGUAACUAUUUCCAUUUUCCGAUUUUCUAAUUUUAUUGUUACUCA